AUGGCAAAGCUAACCCAAUUGUUGACUGGAGGAGGUGAUAAGGGAAAGGGUCCCAUGGCUGAUGUCGAAGAGGGUAAUGAGGAUGAACCAUUCUAUCCUCCAAGCUUUACUCCUCUACAUGUGCGAGCUCAAGCUGAAUACCCGCGUAGAUCCUCUGUUACCAUUAAGCCUCAGCAAUUUCAGGAUGACGCUGCGACGCUAAUGAAUCUUCAGGCUGGAUCAGGCUCUAAUCCUAGAGCCAACCUUGUUAAUCCUACUAUCCCUGACUUCGAUGAGACAGAUGGGAAGGAGAAAAUAAAGAAUGAAUUGCCAAAGCAGUUAGAGGAAAGGUGCAAAUGGCUCGAAGAGAAAUUCAAGGCGAUGGAAGUCACUGAAAGCUAUCGCGGGAUUGACGCUAAAGAGCUGAGCUUAGUUCCAGAUUUGGUACUCCCUCACAAGUUUAAGUUGCCAGAAUUCGAGAAGUACAAUGGGACAAUUUGCCCAGAAGCUCAUAUCACUAUGUUCUGCAGGGGAAUGGCUGGAUAUGUUAGCAAUGACCAGCUAUUGAUACACUGUUUCCAAGAUAGCCUCAUAGGGGCAGCAUCUAAAUGGUACAAUCAACUGAGCCGUAGCAUGAUUGGUUCAUGGAGGGAUUUAGCACAAGCAUUCAUGAAGCAGUACAGUCAUGUAACAGACAUGGUACCUGACAGAAUCACCCUUCAGAAUAUGGAAAAGAAGCCAAACGAGAGCUUUAGGCAGUAUGCACAGAGGUGGAAGGAGGUCACCGUCCAAGUUCAGCCAACGCUUUUGGAAAGAUAA